CUGAGAAAACCCGAGCUGUUGGCACUCCGAGCAGGCAGGCAGAUCCGAGGACAGCCCGCGCGCUCGAGGACCCCGGUGGCGGCGCUGCUCGGCGGGAAGGGGGAAGUUUCAAAGCCGAGUUGUGGACCUCUUGCCGCGGCUCGCGCGAAAUGAAGCUGCACUGCGAGGUUGAGGUUGUCAGUCGGCACUUGCCGGCUUUGGGAAUGAGGAACCGGGGCAAGGGCGUCCGGGCGGUGUUGAGCCUCUGUCAGCAGACGCCCGGGAGUCAGCUGCGGCCUCGGGCUGGAGGCGAGCGAGGCGGCCCGCGUCCUACCUGCCUGGUCAUCUGCACCAUGAGGGACAAGCGCGGGACCCGCUAUGAGCUCAAGGAGAACAUUGAGCAGUUCUUCACCAAAUUUAUGGAUGAGGGGAAAGCUACUGUUCGGUUAAAGGAGCCUCCUGUGGAUAUAUGUCUAAGUAAGGCCAAUUCCAGCAGCUUAAAGAGUUUCCUUUCAGCUGUGAGACUUGCUCAUAGAGGUUGUAAUAUUGAGAUACCACUUUCAACCUUCACACCAGUGAAGACUUCAGAAUUUGAAAAAUUUAAAACUAAGAUGGUUAUCACAUCCAAAAAGGACUAUCCUCUAAGCAAGAACUUCCCAUAUUCUCUGGAACAUCUUCAGACUUCUUAUUGUGGGCUUGUCCGAGUUGAUAUGCGUAUGCUUUGCUUAAAAAACCUUAGGAAACUAGACUUGAGUCACAACCAUAUAAAAAAGCUUCCAGCUACAAUUGGAGACCUCAUCCAACUUCAAGAACUUAACUUGAGUGACAAUCACUUGGAAUCGUUUAGUGUAGCUUUAUGUCAGUCUACACUCCAGAAGUCACUUCGGAGUUUGGAUCUCAGCAAGAACAAAAUUAAGGCGCUCCCUGUGCAGUUUUGCCAACUCCGAGAACUUACAGAUUUAAACCUUGAUGAUAAUGAAUUGAUUCGAUUUCCUUUCAAGAUAGGACAGUUGACAAACCUGCGUUUUUUGUCAGCAGCUCGAAAUAAGCUUCCAUUUUUACCUAGUGAAUUUCAAAAUUUAUGCCUUGAGUACUUGGAUCUUUUUGGAAAUACUUUUGAACAACCAGAAGCUCUUCCAGUUAUAAUGCUGCAAACGCCAUUAACGUUAUUGGAAUCCUCUGCACGAGCCAUGUUAUAUAAUAGGAUUCCAUAUGCCUCUCAUAUCAUUCCUUUUCAUCUUUGCCAAGAUUUGGACACUGCUAAAACCUGUGUCUGUGGAAGAUUCUGUCUAAGCUGUUUUAUUCAAGGAACUACUACCAUGAAUCUACACUCUGUUGCUCACACUGUGGUCUUAGUAGAUAAUAUGGGUGGUACUGAAGCACCUAUUAUCUCUUACUUCUGUUCUCUAGCCUGUUAUGUAAAUUCCUGUGAUAUGUUAAAGUAAUUGGUGUUACCACAAAAAGAAGAAAUUCCAUUUAGUUACAUAUCACCAUGGGAUUCAUAUGUGGUUUAAUAGUUUUAAAUUAGAGAAAGAGAACUUUUUGUAUACUUACUUGAGGGGAGGAAUGUCUUAUUCUAACAGUUUCAAUCAUUUGUAAAACCGUAAUUUCAUUAAAACUUAUAGUUUUAUUGUGAAAGUAGACUGUUAUCAGUUUAUUGCACUUUGUGUUGAUUUUAGUCUAGUGUUUCCAAAAUGUGUUGUAGGGUUAUCUUUUAAUGUUAAACAGAUAUUGAUCCCUAUCACUCUGGUCAUAGAAUUUUCAUAUCAUUUUCCUUCUUGAAUUUCAAUUAAGGAAAUUGAGUUUCUAUAUACAGAAAAUACACCUUGGAGGACUAAUAGAGUCUAAAUUUUAGUGAAAACUUGUUUGGUAUGAAACUUUGUUUUUCAAGUAUAUAAUUCUGUAUCUAGAAUUCUUUAUUCAUCAAGCAUAAAGUUGGAGUUGUUUUGGGAUAAACAGGCUUCAGGUUUUAUAAGUUUUAUAAUGUUAUCAUAUAAUCUUUGUUGUGAUUUACAUAUUUUUAACUUUUAGAGUUGGAACAAGGUUUUAGGGUUGGGUAGGAAGAAGAGAAAAUUGCUUUUUACUGAUUACAUUCUGUAUUUGAGGGUUGUUCUUUUUCUGAUUAUUAUUUUAGUCACUUAAUAUUUUCAAAAUUUUACUUUAAAAAGUGGUGGUGCUAUAAGAUCUGAACUAUGAUCAGGAUUUUAACUAGGUUAGAGGGAAUAGAAAAUGUAGCUGCUUGAAAGAAAUGUGGGAAAUGGAAUCAGUAGAACUCCGUUCUGUACAUUCGCACCACCCUUCUUCAGAUCGGCCUCAUAAUUGGAUUCUGGGAACAAAGGAAGUGAAAGAGUAAAAGUUACUAGAGAAAAUCUUCUCUAGUGUUAACAUAUCAUUGGUGUUCUGAGCCUGGAGUUAAAGGUAGAAUUUGUGUCAGACUAUUUGUUACCGCUUUAGGUUAUUACUACUUCCUCUGUCCUCCUAAAAUAUUUAUUUGGACCAUUUUAUUCUUUUCUGAAAAUAAAAGUAUUGAGUAAAUACGGUUUUAAAUGUUAGAAGAUUUUUAAGGAAUUUUUUUUAAUGUU